AAACAUCUCUAUAUAAUUCAUAUUAUCCAUGAUCCAUCCAUAUUGUUGAAAAUGGUUCUGCAACUGGAACUGCUUCUCUUUCUCUCCUUCAUAACUCUUAUCAUCGGUAUCCCCCUAAAUCUUUCUUUAGAUUUAGAGUUAGGCGCUGGUGAUCAUGGGUUCAAAAGAGCCGACUUCCCAGCCCCACCGGACUUUGUGUUUGGUGCUUCCUCCUCUGCUUAUCAGGUGGAAGGUGCUGCAGACCAAGACGGGAGAACCCCUAGCAUCUGGGACACCUAUGCGCAUGCUGGAAAAAUGCAUGGAGCCACUGGAGAUGUAGCGUGUGAUGAGUAUCAUAGAUACAAGGAAGAUGUGCAACUAAUGGUGGAUACUGGUCUAGAGGCGUAUAGAUUUUCCAUCUCAUGGUCAAGACUUAUAUCCAAUGGAAGAGGACCUGUGAAUCCAAAGGGUCUACAGUAUUACAACAAUCUCAUUGACCAACUAAUCAGCAAAGGAAUCCAGCCUCAUGUUACCUUACACCACGCUGAUCUCCCACAGGCACUCGACGAUGAGUAUGGAGGAUGGGUUAGCCCUCAGAUUAUAAAAGACUUCACUGCAUAUGCAAAUGUUUGCUUCGCACAGUUCGGCGAUCGAGUUAAGCACUGGACUACUAUGAACGAGCCAAAUGUAUUUGUACUCGGGGGUUAUGAUAUUGGAUUCCUUCCACCGUCACGAUGUUCAGCACCAUUUGGUGUUAACUGCUCGAGGGGUGACUCCACAACGGAACCAUACCUGGCAAUUCAUAAUUUCUUGCUAUCUCAUGCAUCGGCUGCUGCAUUGUACAAGCAAACCUACCAGCACAAGCAGUGUGGGUUUAUAGGCAUCAAUGUAUUUUCCUAUUGGUUUAUUCCUCGAACGGAAACCCAUCAAGACCAAGCUGCUGCUCAAAGAGCUAUGGACUUCUACUUCAGUUGGGUGGUGCAUCCUUUGGUGUAUGGAGAGUAUCCUGGAGUAAUGAAAAAAAAUGCAGGCUCUAGACUUCCGACGUUCACCAGUGCUGAGUCUGCACUGGUCAAGGGAUCCUUCGACUUCAUCGGACUCAAUUACUAUAACACAUUGUAUGCCGAUGACAACUCUGCCGCCCUGAACCUUCAAACAAGAGACUAUGUUGCUGAUUCGGCAAUCAAGAUUUCUCCUCUGGAUCAGGAUAGAUCAACGUUUGAGUAUCCGAUAACACCUUGGGGUAUGGAAGAACUGUUGGAAUAUAUCAAACAAAACUACGGCAAUCCUCUCUUAUACAUCCACGAAAAUGGACAACGAACUCGACGCAAUUCAUCGUUAGAGGAUUGGUCCAGAAUCGAAUAUUUGCACGGACACAUUCACAGUUUGCUUAAUGUUAUUAGGAAUGGAUCAAAUGCCAGAGGCUAUUUUACCUGGUCUUUCUUGGAUACACUGGAGCUUUUGGAUGGCUUAGAAUCAAGCUACGGCCUUUACUACAUCGAUGUGGAUGAUCCAGAUUUAAAAAGACAGCCUAAACUCUCUGCUCAUUGGUACUCAAAGUUUCUAAAGAAUAAAAACUUCACUCCACGUUCAGAUCCUGAUGCUGAUCAACAUUAUUUCUUUCAGUAAUAGAUUGUCCUGUUGUUAAUCAGAUCCAUGUAGAUACGUUUGAAGUUUAAAUUGUACACUAUAUAUGUAAGCAUUAUCUAACGAAUCUAACCUAAAUAAAGAAUGAACAACUUAUCUUA